AUGGAAGAGCUCCAAUCGCGGCACCGCAAAGAACUACGCGACUUGCAGAGCCGUGUGACGCAGAAGAAGAAGCAGGCGAGUAAGAAGACGCGCAAGGCGGUGAAUGAGGAGUGUGAGCGGUUGGAGAGGGAGUUGAAGGAGAGGCAGGAAUAUGAGAUUAGAGAGUUCAGUGGGGAGGUUGUUGGUGAUGGUGAUGAUGGAGGGGAGGGAGUGAGUGGGAAGUUGGAGGAGUUGACGUUAAAGGUCGGUGGGGAGGAGGAAGCGCAAGAGAAGACGAAUGGCACAGAAGAACCCCCAUCAUCACAACAAGACCACACAGAACAACAACCCAACGGAGGAGCCGCCAAAAAACGCAACCGCCAAAAAGACCGCCUCGCCCGCCGCGCCGCCGAACAAGAAGCCCUCGCGCAACAAGCCUCCCUCGAAGCGCAAUCCCUCCCCGACCUCAAGUCCCUCGAACGCACGCGCAUGCUCGCCAGCAUGUCCGCGCACCACCUCUCCGAGAUCGAAAUCCGCGCUGACGGCCACUGCCUCUACUCCGCCGUCGCCGAUCAGCUGAAAUACCUCUCCAUACCGAUAUCCACGACCACCACUACGACGACAGAAUCGUCAGAGCCGAGUUAUAAGAUCAUCCGCACGGCUGCGGCGGAGUAUAUCUCCUCGCAUGCUGGAGAUUUCGAGCCUUUCCUCGAAGAACCCCUCGAGACGUACGUGCACAAGAUCCGCGAUACGGCGGAAUGGGGCGGACAGUUGGAGCUUUUGGCGCUCGCGAAAACGUAUGGGGUGGAGGUUUGUGUUUUGCAGGAUUAUGGAAGGGUGGAGAGGAUUGAAGGCGGGGAUGGACAAGGGGGUGAUGGCGAAGGGAAGAAGGAGCUCUGGCUAGGAUACUAUAAACAUGGCUUUGGGUUGGGGGAGCAUUAUAAUAGUUUGCGGAAGAAGAAGAAGAAGCAGAACCCUGAAAAGAAGGAGGGGGGUUGA